UUGGACUCGCAGGUCAUGCCGCACCUGGGCUACUCCUGCUGCUACGCUCUCAAGGCUGUCCUCCAGCAGGGCAAUGACGCGGCGGCGCAGAUGGCCAUGUGGCCAGAUAACGAGCGGGAGGAAUUCGUGCACAGCAUCCUGGAAUUCGCGCACGAGAACGAAGAGGCGUUGGAGCAGGCUCUCUUUAUCAUUCGAGACGCCAUUGAGAAGAGCAAUGUGGUCACCUUGCACGCUGCUUUGCCGGAACUAUUUCACCAAUUCCGCAAGGUCCAUUCCUCCGAUAUAGUUCCGGCUGGUUCUUACCUGAUACGACGGCUCUUUGUGACACCUUCACGCGUUUUCUUCCUGCCGCCGCUGCUCUUCCGCGAGAACAGAGUGCUUCGCCGGUUCAACCCCGAGUACGCGAUGCGUGUGACCUUCCGCGAUGACAACCUCCAGCAGCUGUCACGCUCGCUGAUGUUUCAUCGGAGGAGGGAUGAAAUGGUGGAUGCGAUCGUGGGAAAGUUCCUUCGCGAAGGAGUCGUUGUGGGGAACAGGCGGUUCAAGUUCCUGGCGACAUCGUGCAGUCAACUUCGCGAUCACGGAGCCUGGCUUUACGCUGAGGACUCGUUGGGAAACACAGUUGACCUCAUUCGCACCUGGAUGGGAGACUUUAGUGGAAUUCCCAACAUCGCCAAGAAGAUGGCCAGGAUGGGCCAGUGCUUCUCUUCAACCAUGGAGACCCUCAAGGUUCCGCUCAAGGGGGAUAUUGUCCAAAUGACUCCUGACAUCGUUGGAGGACGGCACCCGGUGUCGGCCAAAGAGUUUUCCUUUUCUGACGGCAUCGGAAUGAUCUCCGCGUCGCUCAUGGAGAAGGUCUGCAAGAAAGUGGGCCUUUCCUACGUGCCCUGCGCCAUUCAGAUCCGCUACGCGGGAUACAAGGGCAUGCUCUGCUUGAACCCGUGUCUGCAAGGCGACAAGCUGGUGCUUCGCCCGAGCAUGCGGAAGUUUGACUGCUCAAGUUCCGACAACCUGGAACUGGUCAAGGUGUCUGCACCACGUUUGGUGUGCCUGAACCGUCCCCUGAUCACCAUCCUGGAGCAGUUGGGCGUGCCGAGUCGGGUCUUCCUCUGCUUGCAGCAGAGCACGGUGCUCCAGUGCACCGACGCUCUGGUGUGCGAGACCACGGCGCUCCAAGUGCUCAGCGGCUUUGGGGGCACCUCGCUGCCCUUCGCCGAGCUGGUGCGGGGCGGCUUCUGCCUGACCAGGGACCCCUUCGUGCGCUCGCUACUGUACGCAGUCUACAAAAACACCAUGGAUGGACUGCGGUCGAAGAGUCGCAUCGCUGUACCACCGAACACCGGACGUAACAUGCUCGGAGUGCUCGACGAAACCCAGAGCCUUGAGUACGGAGAAGUCUUCGUUCAGUUCACGGAACAUCAACUGGACGAUGGGAGUUGUGAGGAUGACCCAAAAGUUCCUACUACAAAAAUUCUUGUCGGUGCUGUUUUGGUAACAAAGUGCCCCUGCCUACAUCCGGGCGACGUGCGAAAGUUCGCCGCUGUGGACAUCCCUGGUCUGCAUCACGUCAAGGACUGCAUCGUGUUCCCUGCCAAGGGUCCCAGGCCUCAUCCCAACGAGAUGGCUGGCUCGGAUUUGGAUGGAGACGAGUACAUUGUCAUAUGGGAAAAGGACCUCUUGUUUCCCGGGAACAACCAACCUGCCAUGGUAUUCUGCGACCACUCCUCGGUUGUUCCUUCGGACGACUCACUGGACGGCAUGGUCAAGUUCAUCUGCAACUACAUCAAGAACGACAAUGUGGGCAUUCUUUCCAAUGCACACCUGGCAUGGGCGGACAAGCUCCCCGACGGCAUCUUCUCCAAACGUUGCCUCAACAUUGCUGCGAAGAUCUCGACGUGCAUCGACUUCGCAAAAACAGGGACCACGUCCCACUUGACCAGGGAGGAAAAGCCCAGUGUUUACCCAGACUUCAUGGAAAAAGCGGGCUCCAAAGAUACGUAUCGCUCGACCCGCAUUCUAGGGCACUUGUACCGUCUUCACAGAUACUUGGACUCUGUCCUCAGCACCAACUUUCAGAGCCGCCUUGCCGAAGACGUGAACGGUGUGUUGUUCGAGCUUCCAGGUUGGCAGUGCUACCAGAAGACCGCUGAGGAGUCCUUGACGCUGUACUCGUCCCAGAUGGAGCGAAUUCUCUGCCAGUACGGAAUCAAGAGUGAGGGAGAGGUGGUAGCUGGUCUCAUCACCACGGUGUCCGAUUAUAACAGGAGUACUCUGGACAGGAACAACGUGGAGGUGGUUGUCGUUAAGCAGUAUCGCGCUCUCGUCGAAAGUACACGGGUAAACUUUUUCAAGGAAGUGGACGACGCUUGCCGCGUUGGAGGCGUUAGCACGGAGGUGGGAAGAAAAGUAAUCUUGUUGCAAAUGGCAUCUGCUUGGUACAAGGUGACGUAUGCGGACACCUGGAAGGAGAGGAACUGCCGGAGCUUCCCAUGGGCAAUAGUGGAUGUCCUCCUCCUCGUUAUGAAAGAGAAGGCAUUGGAAUGUCAUUCUUUGAGACGAGUACCACGUAACCUGCUUGUUUCAAAACUGGACGAGGAACUCUGUGAACCAUCCGAAAAGACUGCGGAGGACCGUGCCCUUGAUGUGAUCUUCUUGUGGGCAGCCAAAGAAGAGUUGAUUCAAACCACAAGGAGGAUGGCUCCAUAUAUCUGCAAGCGCUGCCUAGCACUCCUCUUUCGAAGCUUCCUUGCACAGGAACAGAGGUACUCUGAACAUGGCUCUGAACAAAGCUCUGAACAACUCGCGGUUGAUGGCGCAGAAAUGCCUCAUUCCAUCGAGGGAAAGCCUGCAACUGUCGGAGGCUAUGUUCUGGCCUUCCUCCGACACUUGAGCAGUGCCGAGGUGGCAUUUCCAUCUUGUGACUUCUGCACGUGGUCUUCGUCGCAAGCGCACGCCGUGACCUUGACUGCCCUCAGGACAUACAGCCUGCUUGCGAUAUUCGGGGAUCUGUGUUAUUUGGGACUCACGUGUGAUCCAGACCUUCACGAACCGAUCCAGGUGGUUCAGGAAGGAAACCCUGUCCGGAUCCAGGUGAUCAGCCCCAGGUUUCGGGAAAUGCUGAACCACAGCGAGGACGAGGUGUCCAGCCUGCUGGCCAGCUGGUCUGGCGUUCAACAAGUGCACAUCAAGAAGCACUUCGACCGUUCGGGCCAGAUAAACUGCAUCCUGGUCUUGGCAGUCGGCCGGGACUGGCAACGUUGGUUUCUGGAAGAGCUCCUGCUUCAGCCCUGGCUCGCCAAGGCCAUUGAGAAGCGGGACCUAGAGCCGUUCUUCAAAGAUUAGAAGCCCCCCCCCCCCCCUAUUCUAAUACAUUCAUCGCGCAUAGUGUUAUGGUUUUAUAUUUAUUGUUACACCGGAUUUAAAUGCAUAGCAGUCGUCAGAAAUCAUUUUUAACGACUACUAUUGCAAUACGUGUGUAACAAACAGCUUGUUUCCUGUUUUUAAUAUUUAGAUUUUAGUUUUGGGAGUAUGAAUAUCCACGUACCUCAGUUCGACUCAAGUGUGUAGCUGGUAUCGAAUACCUUUACGUGCAAACUCGUUUCCACGAUAACAUGUUCGAACAUAUUCUGCCAGUGCAUUUUUACAAGGCCUCGCCAUAUUUGUUUUUGGUAAUGUAAAUUCUUGUGCACUGCUUUAUUUUUGCUUCUGUAAUUUCUAUUCCUCGGCGUGAAAGGGUUGCGCUAUAACGAUGUCCUAAUUUGUUUAGAUUCCGUAGCAAGUUGUCUUUAAUAUACUGAACUGGAAUUAAAGUAUUGCAAGUGUUUAUUCUAA